AUGCUUGAAGCAGUGAGCGUGCUUGACCCAGCCAUGAAGAAUGUGGUUCAUUUCUUUGAGCAGUUUCAACACAAAGGACAUACCUGUCUAGUGUUUGAAAUGCUGGACAGGAGUCUUUUACAACUGCUCAGCGAACAGCAAGGGACGCCACUCUCUCUCCAUGAGAUACGGCCAAUAACCCACCAGUUGCUGAUGGCCUUGGAUGCUCUGAAGGGCAUUGGUGUGGUUCACUCAGACCUGAAGCCAGACAAUAUAAUGCUGGCAAACCAUCUGAGUGAGCCCUUCAGAAUAAAACUAAUAGAUUUUGGCGUGUCGUUCAGUGUCCGAGAAGAGGUAUUUGGGAAGACAAUUCAGCCUCUGGGUUACAGGGCACCUGAAGUCACCCUGGGCCUCCUUCUCCGAGAGGCCAUAGACGCUUGGAGUCUAGGCUGUGUGCUCGGACUGCAGUACCAGUCAAUGAGGGGCAUUGUAGACGUCCUGGGCCAGCCAGCUGACCACCUUCUCUGUGCUGGGAAAUGCACACAAAAUUUUUUCAAGGUGGAAAAGCACUUGGACAGCCCAAGAUGGUGGAUGAAGACCCCAAGGGAAUACCAGCUUGACACUGGAAUUGAGCCGAAAACAUGGGACACAACAAUCAGAAGUCUGGAUGACCUGAUAACACACAACCCAGACACACGGGAAUCCAUUGAGCUGGAGGAUCAGAGAGCCUUUGUCAGCCUGCUGACAUGCCUUCUAGAUACAGACCCAGAGAAGAGAAUCACUCCGGGGAAGGCUCUCGAUCACCCCUUUGUAACAAUGGUCCAUCUGGAAGAUGAAAUAGACACCAGCUUUUAUGUUGAAGAUUCUUUAGAAAAUGAGGAUCUUACCAAUGGACAACAUGGACCUAUUUCUUGA